AGCGGUUCGAGUACCGCGCAUUUGCCUGGCAUGCAGGUUCGGUCUCAUAACGCAGCGCAGCGCCGGAUUAGGCUUCCGAACAAAUCCAGUCCGUGAAGGUCUCGGACGACGAUUGUAUACAUCCGACGUAGGAAAAUUGGGGGACAGCAAGGUUGAACCUUUGGUUUCGAAUACAGACACAUCAGAGACCAACUCGGAAGAACGGCUAGGAGAAAACGACUCAACAACAACGAUACCGUUCACAGUUGCGACUGGAUUGAACAAUAGCGACCCCGCCACCGAGAUCGACCUUGAAUCAACUCCAACCUCUCAAGAGAAGCCAAUUGGAUUCGCACAGACCGAGCUUGAUGAUAUUUUGGACGGAGCAUCACCCUCGAAAGGGAAUACAGACUAUGGCCACUCUGAGCUGUCCUCCAAGCAACUAUCAGAUUCUUCUGAUCAUGAACUGGACGAUCUAUUAAACGAAGCAAAGCCAGAGACACCGUCGCCGAGCAAUUCGAGUGAUAAGGUCUCCGGACCACUUGAUCUACCCCAACUUUAUACAAUACCAGAACAUGGUUUUGAUGUGGACGAGUUUCCGGGUGGAAUGGCACCGCCAAUAAUAGAAUCCCAGUUUGGCAUAUCCGAGCUACCUGACCUCGACGAUGGGCUGUCUGGGAACCCUCAGGGUUCCAGGCAAUGGCCAAAGCGAAGGUUACGCGAUGAUCUCAUGCACGAAGAGCCACUUGGUGUUCCUUCCUUGGGACUUCCAGCCGAUGCCAUCAUUAUCAACAAUCCGAAUAAGACACGCAUCGAAAGAUCUCCCAUCGUGAUAGAAGAGGAAGAAGUUGCACCAGCAAAUAUCGACUGGGAAAGUCUGAAUCCUAGCGAGAUCAUCGAGCCUGAGGAAGAGGAGAUCAACGCCAACAUUGAAGAGUUCCGCCCCGAUACUCGUAUUCUCCGGUUGACAGAGAUAGGGACUCUGGUCGAGUCUCUUUGCGACGGCUUCACUAUUAACCAAUUAAGAGACUACCAUCGCGACUGCGUGCCGGAGCAGGAGGAAGGCGAGAUUGUGAACUAUACUUGGAUCGAAGCGAGUGUUCCCUGGAAGUCGGUCAACUCGGUUCAAAUCCGUGGUACAGACAAGACAGCAAUCGCCCAGAAAAUCGUUUUCGACAAGUGGAGAGUUGAUGUAAUGGAAUACGAGAACGACCUCGGAAAAGCCUACGUUUGGAUGGAUCCAGAUAUCUUCCCUUUUCUCUUAUAUAAUUCAGAUGGCCCGAAUAACAUAUCACGCUUGCUAUGGAUGUUGAGACGAGACUUUCUGGUAGGAGAAGAUGAGAAGUUGACUUUGACCAUUCAAGCGUCUCGACUCAAUAUCACGGCGAGGAAGUCGACAACUUACGGUGUCCUUGCCUAUAUGGAUCAGUACCUACAAGGAAUGCGCUCUCGAACCAUCGACGUAGCCCCUUAUCUCCCGACCGGUGCAAGCAAUCUGAAACCGGCAGAGCUCAAGGAGCUUGGCCGCCUCACCAAGACUUCCAUUAAGCGUGUCAGAGAGGGCGAAAAACAGAAAUACCGGGUCUCUUGGUUACCUGACACUGAUGAAACCCCAGCCGGGACUGAAGAUGUCGCUGAUAUGGUAUUCCGCUUGAUGGUUGGCCUUACGAUCCCUGGCACCCACAAUGUUCUUCAGCGCAUCCCCUUGAAAGGGGAAGAUGAAGUCGGUGGUCAGUUUGUCUCGGUUCGAAGACAGACUCGAGCCAUGUCGUGGAGAGAUAAGCUUGGUCGGUGGUUUAGGGUUGCUGACCCUGUCACCAAGUCUUCCUGUUCUACCAAAGAGUCCUCGCCCCUCGAUCUGGCGUCUUCCGCAGAUUUGCCAGAGUGGAAAAUUCCCGGCACCAAAGAUAUUACCACAGCAACGUUUGGUCAUGUCCUUCACUCAGAGCCUCAGGAUUCGAUGAAGCUGCUCUCCCGCCAACGUCACAUUCUAUUACCAUUCAUCCCUCAUCCUGCCGCCUUCUCCGCCUUAAAGCCUGAUGACAACGGGAUACUGAAAGAGUCUACGACCAUUAUCAUGAACCUUGUGCCUCGUGAGGAACGCAAGAGAGGUCGAACCAGCGAUGCACAGAAGGGGGUCAAAGAGCCUGCAGUCCGCAUCAGAAUACCCGUCAAUCCAGACGCUGACUUUGCAAAUUUCUGCCUUCCUGAUGACCUGACUGUCGAGUAUUUUGCUUCCUGGCAUGUGAACGAUUUGUUAUUACCAACCGAGGCUGUUGAUGUCCGCCUCCAACACGAACGCGUGAGACCUUUAAGUCUCAACAAUCACGAUAUACAAAAGUUCCUCAAGGCGUUGCAAUUCAACUUGGCUGAAGGCAAGAUUCGAACGCCCGCUCAAGCCACACUCAACAUCCCAGGGAAUUGGUUAGACGGUGCUCGCACAGGUUCAACCCUGGGAAAGAAGAAGGAGGUCCUUUACGAUUUCCGAGGUACUGAGAUUCAUAAGACUGUGGAAAUGCCAUGGCGAAACCACACAUUGCGCUACUCUAGCAUCGAGGCGGGACAGCAAGGCGGCCAACGUCAGGAGAUUACAUUGAAGGCCGGUUUACCGGGCGUGGGUCCUGUCAAGUUUAGUCCCCAGGUACGACAGAACUUUUUGCAGCUGGUGGAGGACAUGGCUACUGGGAAAUGCUUCUCUUGGCAUGACGGCGACAAGUCCAUCAAGAGCCGCCAGUUGGAAGAUUACAGUUACGAUUUGCCUGAGCAGGAGCUCACCGACGACAUCAUUGUUAGGGAUAUAUUUGAUGCAAAGGGUCGCCCCAAAAGCGUCAAACGAGCUGCCAAGAAGCAAGUUCUUGCUGAUGAAGGUGCCACCAAAGCCAGUGUGCCUGAGAACAGCGACUCUACCACGAAUACCGCCAAUGCCUCACGCGCUCAGAAGGCCGAACCCACAAACAGCAAGAAGAGCGCCGCCGCGACCGAGCGUGACAGAGUUCGCACCGAGAUAAUGAACAACUUCUUCGGGGUUGAAGAGACCAAUGUCGAACCCUCUACAACCAGUAAGAAGAAACCGAGCGCAGCCCGCAAGGCCAAGGUCACGGCCCGCAAGUAUACCGUUCCGGACCUGGAACAGCCCAAGAAGACCAAGGCAGUGCAGGUAGACCCGUUCCUCGCACAGUUCACCUCUCGCGUGACUAGCGACAACAAAGUCACGGAUCCAAAGGCUACCCCUGGUUUCUUCGACACCCUUCCAUCGGAGAAGAAGCCGAAGACGUCAAAUAAGACCAAAAACAGCGGUAAAAGUGGCAGCAAGAGAAAAGGAGGCAAGAAAUAG